GGAAGGAAGAGUGUGACUGUAGGGGGGGUGGCGGCGAAUGGCUGCAGGAAGCGGAGAGGCCGAUCGGGGCGGUGGGAGAGCUUCGCCGUGCCUGUUUUUUAGAUGCUGCGCUCACUCCACCCGCUGGGUUGGUUCUGGCUGGUGGUGCUGCAUUUGCCCGGGCAUUUCUCGCCUACUGCCGGGAAGGAGGUCGAUGUUGCGCACUAUCGAGAUCGAGUGAAGUCUAUGUUUUACCAUGCUUACAAUAACUACCUGGAAAAUGCUUUCCCAUAUGAUGAAUUGCGUCCUCUGACUUGUGACGGACAGGACACUUGGGGAAGUUUUUCUCUCACACUGAUUGAUGCUCUGGAUACUCUACUAAUUUUGGGGAAUGUCUCUGAGUUCCAGAGAGUUGUCAGUGUGCUGCAGGAGGGUGUGAACUUUGAUAUCGAUGUAAAUGCGUCUGUCUUUGAAACAAAUAUUAGAGUGGUUGGUGGCCUCCUGUCUGCUCACUUGCUGUCUAAGAAAGCUGGAGUUGAAGUGGAACCAGGAUGGCCAUGCGCUGGGCCCCUUCUGAGGAUGGCAGAGGAUGCAGCACAAAAGCUGUUACCAGCUUUUCAGACCCCAACUGGAAUGCCAUAUGGGACAGUGAACUUACUACAUGGAGUAAACCCUGGAGAGACACCAGUUACUUGUACUGCUGGUAUUGGAACAUUUAUAGUAGAAUUUGCUACAUUGAGUCAUCUCACAGGUGACCCUGUAUUUGAGAAUGUUGCCAGAAAAGCUCUUAAGACUCUCUGGAAAAAUCGCUCUGAUAUUGGCUUGGUGGGUAACCAUGUUGAUGUAGUAACUGCCAAGUGGGUAGCCCAAGAUGCUGGGAUUGGAGCAGGCGUAGACUCCUAUUUUGAAUAUCUUGUUAAAGGAGCCAUCCUGUUGCAGGAUGAAGAGCUGAUGGCCAUGUUUCUAGACUAUAACAAAGCUCUUAAGAACUAUACAAAAUUUGAUGAUUGGUACCUGUGGGUCCAAAUGUACAAAGGGACUGUUUCAAUGCCAGUUUUUCAGUCUCUUGAGGCUUACUGGCCUGGCUUGCAGAGCCUUAUUGGAGAUAUAGAUAGUGCAAUGCGAACUUUUCUCAAUUAUUACACUGUUUGGAAGCAGUUUGGUGGGCUCCCUGAGUUUUACAAUAUUCCUCAAGGUUAUACUGUGGAAAAACGUGAAGGAUACCCACUUAGACCUGAACUGAUAGAGAGUGCCAUGUAUCUCUAUCGAGCUACACGAGAUCCCAUCCUUUUGGAGCUGGGCAGAGAUGUUGUAGAGGCAAUUGAAAAAAUCAGCAAGGUGGAGUGUGGGUUUGCAACAAUCAAAGACCUGAGAGAUCACAGACUAGAUAAUCGCAUGGAGUCUUUUUUCCUGGCUGAAACAGUGAAAUAUCUGUACCUGCUCUUCGAUCCUGACAACUUCAUUCAUAACAAUGGGUCAUCCUUUGAUGUUGUGCUGACACCCUAUGGAGAAUGUAUUCUUGGUGCUGGUGGAUACGUUUUCAACACUGAGGCCCAUCCUAUUGACCCUGCUGCUUUGCACUGUUGUAGGAAGCAAAAGGAAGAACAGUGGGAAGUAGAAGAUCUAAUGAAGGAGUUCUACUCUCUGAAAAGGAACAAGAAGUUCACUUUCACAAGAACUUCAGAUAACCAAUGGGAUGGGGACAGGCAUAAAGAUUCUUCAGAUGCUUCCUCUGAAGACUGGAAGGGGCAAAAAGGCUCCAAACAGAAAGGAAAAAUUAGAGCCCCACUAUUGAGCUGUCCCAGUCAACCUUUCAAAUCAAAACUGGCUGUGCUGGGACAAGUCUUCGUUGACAGUACAUGAUCCCUUUGCUAUGAGUUGUUAAAAUCAAUAAAUGUGUAUUUUAUUUAUAC